UGGUUGAACUUUCUUUCAGAUCGCAAGUCACCAGCUGCCUCCGUUUUUUGCUGAUAGGCUAGCAGCAGGGGGAGCGAGAGAAGUAUCCAUUGCAAGGGGGGAAUGAUUUAUGCGAAAAGCGGUCUGGAAGGAGCUGCUGCGGUGGAAGAGGGGAAGUGGAAGAAAAGGAUUUAGAGUGACCUUUGGAUUAAUAAUGUUUUGACAAUUUAGUUUUCUGCCCAUGAUCAUAGUCAAUCGGACUAAUGUCUCUGACAUGAUUGUCAGUGAUACGGGGAAACGGAUGGGUGUACGGUCGUGGAGGUGGCGGGUGAGCCUGCUGUGGGGAAGGUGUGUGUGAGUGUGUAUUGCGGUGAUAGAGCCCAGGGUUUUGGAGACCGGCUUCUGUGCCAUGAGGUGCAGCAGGAUAGUACUGCAAUCAGGGAAAAGGGCUGCUUCAUUUCAGCUUUUGUAGAAUGUGAUGGAGGCCCGGGGGGGAUGGCGCCAUGCUGCGUCGCCGCGGCUGCCUCUGCUGCUGCUGCUGCUGCUGCUUGUGAGCUGCUUGGUAGUGCAGCCUUGUCAAGCGGACGACAUCGUCCACGACGACACGCUGGCUCCGUCACAACCUGGCUGCUCGAACAGCUUCGUUCUUGAUUGGCUGCACAUAUGAAGGACCUGGGCUCUGAUGAAAAUAUUGGAAGGCACCUGAACAGCCUCAUACGAUUUGGUGGGCCGCUUCAACCUCCAUGAUUCAGUGGUCAUAACUAUUGGAAAUCAUACCCAAGAAAUUAACUGCCGUGCAUGCAGCGGAGAAAAUAGCAAUGCAUCCGGACUACAUUGAACAAUAUGUUGGGGCAAGGGUUAAAAUCAGGACCUGGAUCAAAGGAGAAGAAGAUUCCGAGAUCGUGGGUGUGAGUGCAAGAUUUGGCAAGCUUAUUGCUGAUCAUGAGCAAGGAAAAACUAGUGUUCCAUUGUCAAAGCUGGAUCCUGAAGAUGGAUGCACUGACUCCAUCAAGCCACUUCAGGGAUUCACAGCCCUGGUUGAACGAGGUAACUGUACUUUCACAACCAAGGCCAGGACGGCUCAGAAGGCAGGAGCGGUCGCGCUUCUGGUUGUGAACGACAAACAAGAGCUUUACAAGAUGAUUUGCUCCGAGAAUGAUACUUUUCAUGAUAUCAUCAUACCAUCUGUUUUGCUACCAAAGGCUGCUGGAGAGCAUCUGGAGGAAGCUUUAGAUUCUAACAACGAAGUACGAGUGCUGCAUUACUCUCCAAAGAGGACAAUGGUUGAUAUAGCCGAGGUCUUUUUGUGGUUGAUGGCUUUGGGUACUAUUUUGAGUGCCUCAUUCUGGUCAGCUUGGACUGCUAAAGAAUCUGCGCAAGAGCACUACCGUCGCUUGAAGGAACUGCCAGAGCUUCCUGCCGAGGAUCUAGUGGAGGCGAGAGAUCCUGAGAAGGCAAACAAGGAUGUAAUUGAUAUCAACGUGCUCUCAGCGGUGCUAUUUGUGCUUAUGGCUUCAGCUUUUUUGAUGCUUCUCUACUUCUACAUGUCAGCUUGGUUUAUGCGGGUAUUGGUUAUCCUUUUCUGCAUAGGCGGGUUUGAGGGUUUGCAGACAUGCCUUGUGUCCCUUCUGUACAGGUGGUUUCCUAAGGCAGGGAAAAAAUUCAUCAAAGUCCCUCUUCUAGGAGAAGUGUCUGUCCUUGCUCUGUUUCUCUCGCCCUUUUGUCUCGCGUUUUCCGUUGUUUGGGGCGUUUUCCGUUUGAACUCCUAUGCCUGGAUUGGUCAGGACGUUCUUGGGAUGGCACUCAUUCUCACAGUUCUUCAGAUCGUUCGACUGCCAAAUAUUAAGGUUGCCGCAAUACUUUUGGGUUGUGCGUUCCUUUACGAUGUUUUCUGGGUUUUCAUCUCACCAACCUUCUUCCACGAGAGUGUGAUGAUUGUGGUUGCACGUGGAGAUAAAAGUGAUGGCGAAGGGAUACCAAUGUUGCUGAAAGUUCCAAGGUUGUAUGAUCCUUGGGGAGGUUACAGUAUCAUUGGCUUUGGUGACAUCCUACUCCCAGGGUUGCUUGUCUCCUUCUGCUUACGGUAUGACUGGACAGCAAGAAAGAGUUUGUUCAGAGGCUACUUCCUAUGGUCCACAGUUGGUUAUGGCCUAGGUUUAUUCAUCACAUACGUUGCACUGAAUGCCAUGAAUGGGAGCGGGCAACCCGCACUCCUUUACAUCGUGCCUUGUACUCUAGGGACGGUGCUUUUGCUUGGGUGGUGGCGAGGAGAAUUGAAAUCUUUGUGGUUCAAAGGAGACUCUCUGGACCAGUUUCCAGUGGAUGGUGAACAGGACCACCAUCCAGUGGGCAGAUCACCGGAAUAGUAGACUUCUAUCACAAAAACCCAGUGUAGUAAAAUAGGAGAGAUCCGAGCGGAGUCUGUCCAUCUUUCUAUCUUCGUUGCAUGUACUUGAACCACACCAGUGUAAAAAUUGUUUUCCUUCCCAAAAACUAGUCUUCAGCUCUCCCCAGCUCACAGCUCUUACAGCUUUUGACAAUGUAAGCUUGACAUCUCCUUGAAUUGCAGUAAUGCCCUCGAGUGUUGUGGGUUGUAUUUUUACCAUUAA